GCCGGCGCGCGGGAGGCCGAGCCGCGGCAGGGGCAUGUGGAUACUGGCCCUCUCCUUGUUCCAGAGCUUCGCGAGUGUUUUCAGUGAAGAACCACACUCCAGCCUCUACUUCGUCAAUGCAUCUCUGCAAGAGGUAGUGUUCGCGAGUACCUCGGGGACGCUGGUGCCCUGCCCGGCUGCAGGCAUCCCUCCUGUGACUCUCAGAUGGUACCUAGCGACAGGCGAAGAGAUCUACGAUGUCCCCGGGAUCCGCCACGUCCACCCCAACGGCACUCUCCAGAUCUUCCCCUUCCCCCCCUCCAGCUUCAGCACCUUAAUCCAUGAUAAUACUUACUAUUGCACAGCGGAAAAUCCUUCAGGGAAAAUUAGAAGUCAGGAUGUCCACAUCAAGGCUGUUUUACGGGAGCCCUAUACAGUCCGUGUGGAGGACCAGAAGACCAUGAGAGGCAAUGUCGCGGUCUUCAAGUGCAUUAUCCCCCCCUUGGUGGAGGCGUACGUCACUGUCAUCUCAUGGGAGAAAGACACUGUCUCACUUGUCUCAGGAUCUAGAUUUCUCAUCACACCCACGGGAGCCUUGUAUAUUAAAGAUGUACAGAAUGAGGAUGGAUUGUAUAACUACCGCUGUGUCACACGGCACAGGUACACCGGGGAGACCAGGCAGAGUAACAGCGCUAGACUUUUUGUAUCAGACCCAGCGAACUCGGCCCCGUCCAUGCUGGAUGGGUUUGACCACCGCAAAGCCAUGGCGGGGCAGCGGGUGGAGCUGCCCUGCAGAGCACUGGGGCACCCUGAGCCCGACUACCGCUGGCUGAAGGACAACACGCCCCUGGGACUCUCGGGGAGGUUCCAGAAGACGGUGACGGGGCUGCUCAUCGAGAGCGCCCGGCCCUCAGACUCAGGCAGCUACGUGUGCGAAGUGUCCAACCGGUAUGGGACCGCGAAGGUGAUCGGCCGCCUGUAUGUGAAACAGCCACUAAAAGCCACCAUCAGCCCCCGGAAGGUUAAAAGCAGCGUGGGCAGCCAGGUUUCCUUGUCCUGCAGCGUGACCGGAACUGAGGACCAGGAGCUGUCCUGGUACCGGAAUGGCGAAAUCCUCAAACCGGGGAAAAAUGUGAGGAUCACAGGGAUCAACCACGAAAACCUUAUCAUGGAUCACAUGGUCAAAAGCGACGGGGGCGCCUAUCAGUGCUUCGUGCGCAGGGACAAGCUGUCUGCUCAGGACUACGUGCAGGUGGUGCUCGAAGAUGGGACUCCCAAAAUCAUUUCCGCCUUCAGUGAGAAAGUGGUGAGCCCCGCUGAGCCAGUGUCCCUCAUGUGCAACGUGAAGGGGACACCCUUGCCCACCAUCACGUGGACCCUGGACGAUGACCCGAUCCUCAAGGGUGGCGGCCACCGCAUCAGCCAGAUGAUCACGUCUGAGGGGAACGUGGUCAGCUACCUGAACAUCUCCAGCGCCCAGGUCCGGGACGGGGGCGUCUACCGCUGCACGGCCAACAACUCUGCGGGAGUCGUCCUGUACCAGGCUCGAAUAAACGUAAGAGGGCCUGCAAGCAUUCGACCAAUGAAAAAUAUCACAGCAAUAGCAGGGCGGGACACGUACAUUCACUGCCGUGUGAUUGGCUACCCCUACUACUCCAUCAAGUGGUACAAGAACUCUAAUCUGCUCCCUUUCAACCACCGCCAGGUGGCAUUUGAGAGCAACGGGACUCUGAAACUCUCGGAUGUACAAAAAGAAAUCGAUGAGGGCGAAUACACGUGCAACGUGUUGGUUCAGCCACAGCUGUCCACCAGCCAGGGCGUCCACGUGACCGUGAAAGUACCUCCUUUCAUUCAGCCCUUUGAGUUUCCGAGGUUCUCCAUCGGGCAGCGGGUCUUCAUCCCGUGUGUGGUGGUCUCGGGGGACCUGCCCAUCACCAUCACCUGGCAGAAGGAUGGACGGCCGAUCCCAGCCAGCCUUGGGGUGACCAUCGACAACAUCGACUUCACCAGCUCCCUGCGGAUUUCCAACCUCUCCCUGAUGCACAACGGGAACUACACCUGCAUCGCCCGCAACGAGGCAGCGGCUGUGGAGCACCAGAGCCAGCUCAUCGUGAGAGUUCCUCCCAAGUUCGUGGUUCAGCCCCGGGACCAGGACGGGAUUUACGGCAAGGCUGUUAUCCUCAAUUGCUCGGCUGAGGGCUAUCCCGUACCCACCAUCGUGUGGAAAUUCUCUAAAGGUGCUGGGGUGCCCCAGUUCCAGCCAAUCGCCCUGAAUGGCCGCAUCCAGGUCCUCAGCAACGGGUCACUGCUGAUCAAGCACGUGGUGGAGGAAGACAGCGGGUACUACCUCUGCAAGGUCAGCAACGAUGUGGGCGCGGACGUCAGCAAGUCCAUGUACCUCACGGUUAAAAUCCCCGCGAUGAUCACGUCCUACCCCAACACCACCCUGGCCACCCAGGGCCAGAGGAAGGAGAUGAGCUGCACGGCCCACGGCGAGAAGCCCAUCAUCGUCCGCUGGGAGAAGGAGGACAGGAUCAUCAACCCCGAGAUGGCCCGCUACCUCGUGUCCACCAAGGAAGCGGGCGAGGAGGUGAUGUCCACACUGCAGAUUUUGCCCACGGUGAGAGAAGACUCUGGCUUCUUCUCCUGCCAUGCUAUCAACUCUUACGGGGAGGACCGUGGCAUAAUCCAGCUCACAGUGCAAGAGCCCCCAGACCCUCCUGAGAUCGAGAUCAAAGACGUGAAAGCACGCACAAUCACGCUCAGGUGGACCAUGGGCUUCGACGGGAACAGCCCCAUCACCGGCUACGACAUUGAAUGCAAAAAUAAAUCAGACUCCUGGGAUUCUGCUCAGAGAACCAAAGAUGUUUCCCCUCAGCUGAACUCGGCCACCAUCAUUGAUAUCCACCCUUCCUCCACCUACAGCAUCCGCAUGUACGCCAAGAACCGGAUCGGCAAGAGCGAGCCCAGCAACGAGCUCACCAUCACGGCAGACGAGGCCGCUCCUGAUGGUCCACCUCAGGAAGUCCACCUGGAGCCCAUGUCGUCCCAGAGCAUCAGGGUCACCUGGAAGGCUCCAAAGAAGCACCUGCAGAACGGGAUCAUCCGCGGCUACCAGAUCGGGUACCGGGAGUACAGCACGGGGGGCAACUUCCAGUUCAACAUCAUCAGCAUCGACACCACGGGUGACAGCGAGGUGUACACGCUGGACAACCUCAGCAAGUUCACGCAGUACGGGCUGGUGGUGCAGGCCUGCAACCGCGCUGGCACAGGGCCCUCUUCUCAGGAAAUCAUCACCACCACGCUGGAGGACGUGCCCAGCUACCCCCCUGAAAAUGUCCAAGCCAUAGCAACAUCACCGGAAAGCAUCUCGAUCUCCUGGUCCACGCUCUCCAAGGACGCCCUGAACGGGAUCCUGCAGGGGUUCAGGGUCAUCUACUGGGCCAACCUCAUGGACGGAGAGCUGGGCGAGAUUAAGAACGUCACCACCACGCAGCCGUCGCUGGAGCUGGACGGGCUGGAGAAGUACACCAACUACAGCAUCCAGGUGCUGGCCUUCACGCGCGCGGGCGACGGCGUCCGGAGCGAGCAGAUCUUCACACGGACCAAGGAGGAUGUUCCAGGCCCUCCCGCGGGUGUGAAGGCGGCAGCCGCCUCUGCCUCCAUGGUCUUCGUGUCCUGGCUGCCCCCUCUCAAGCUCAACGGCAUCAUCCGGAAGUACACGGUGUUCUGCUCGCACCCCUACCCCACAGUGAUCAGCGAGUUUGAAGCCUCCCCCGACUCAUUUUCCUACAGAAUACCUAACCUGAGUCGAAAUCGCCAGUACAGCGUCUGGGUGGUGGCCGUGACUUCAGCCGGAAGAGGCAACAGCAGUGAAAUCAUCACAGUAGAGCCCUUAGCUAAAGCUCCCGCUCGGAUCCUCGCCUUCAGUGGCACGGUCAGCACCCCGUGGAUGAAGGACAUCAUCCUGCCAUGUAAAGCUGUCGGGGAUCCUCCGCCUGCAGUGAAGUGGAUGAAAGACAGUAACGGGACGCCCAGCCUGGUGACGAUUGAUGGGCGCAGGGGCAUCUUCAGCAACGGCAGCUUCAUCAUCCGCACGGUGAAGGCGGAGGACUCCGGCUACUACAGCUGCGUCGCCAACAACAACUGGGGCUCAGACGAGAUUAUUUUAAAUUUGCAAGUACAAGUUCCACCAGAUCAGCCCCGGCUUACUGUAUCUAAAACCACAUCAUCCUCCAUCACUCUGUCCUGGCUCCCCGGGGACAACGGAGGCAGCUCCAUCAGAGGGUACAUACUGCAGUACUCCGAGGACAACAGCGAGCAGUGGGGGAGUUUUCCCAUCAGCCCCAGCGAACGCUCUUACCGCUUGGAGAACCUGAAAUGUGGGACCUGGUACAAGUUCACCCUGACCGCCCAAAACGGAGUAGGGCCAGGGCGCAUCAGUGAAAUCAUCGAAGCAAAGACGUUGGGGAAAGAGCCCCAGUUCUCCAAAGAGCAGGAGCUCUUCGCCAGCGUCAACAGCACCCGCGUGCGGCUCAACCUGAUCGGCUGGAACGAUGGCGGCUGCCCCAUCACCUCCUUCACGCUCGAGUACAGGCCCUUCGGGACCGCGGUCUGGACCACCGCCCAGCGCACCUCGCUGUCCAAGUCCUACAUCCUGUACGACCUGCAGGAAGCCACCUGGUACGAGCUGCAGAUGCGCGUGUGCAACAGCGCAGGCUGUGCCGAGAAGCAGGCCAACUUCGCCACGCUCAACUACGAUGGCAGUACAAUUCCUCCACUCAUUAAGUCAGUCGUCCAAAGCGACGAGGGGCUGGCGACCAACGAGGGCCUCAAGAUGCUGGUGACCAUCUCCUGCAUCCUGGUGGGUCUGCUGCUGCUCUUCGUGCUCCUGCUGGUGGUGCGGCGGCGGCGGCGGGAACAGAGACUCAAGAGGCUGAGAGAUGCCAAGAGUUUAGCUGAAAUGCUCAUGAGUAAGAACACCCGGACUUCAGAUACUUUAAGCAAGCAACAACAGACUCUAAGGAUGCACAUUGACAUACCCAGGGCACAGCUUCUGAUUGAAGAGAGGGACACAAUGGAGACCAUCGAUGAUCGCUCCACGGUCCUGCUGACAGAUGCUGAUUUUGGGGAAGCAGCUAAACAAAAGUCCCUGACGGUGACUCACACAGUCCACUACCAGUCCGUGUCUCAGGCCACCGGGCCCCUAGUGGAUGUUUCAGACGGUCGGCCGGGAACGAAACUGCAGCAGCAAGGUGCCACAGCCUGGGCAGCUGGAGAGAAGAGAGAGUUGUGGUCUCCAGUUCUGGAGGCUGGAAGUCCAAAAUCAAGGUGUCCCCCAGAUCCCACCACCCGGAGGAACGCCAAGGCAGGGCCUGCUGCCCGGAGCCGCUACGCCAGCCAGUGGACCCUCAACAGGCCCCACCCCACCAUCUCUGCACACACCCUCACCACAGACUGGAGGCUGCCCACGCCCAGGGCCGCGGGCUCCGUGGACAAGGAGAGCGACAGCUACAGCGUCAGCCCCUCGCAGGACACAGAUCGAGCGCGGAGCAGCAUGGUCUCCACAGAAAGUGCCUCCUCCACCUACGAAGAGCUGGCCCGGGCCUACGAGCACGCCAAGAUGGAAGAGCAGCUGAGGCACGCCAAGUUCACCAUCACCGAGUGCUUCAUCUCAGACACGUCAUCCGAGCAGUUGACGGCAGGGACAAACGAGUACACGGACAGUCUGACCUCCAGCACCCCCUCGGAAUCGGGGAUCUGCAGGUUCACUGCCUCUCCCCCCAAACCUCAGGAUGGAGGGCGAGUGAUGAACAUGGCAGUUCCAAAGGCACAUCGGCCAGGUGACCUCAUCCAUCUGCCUCCAUACCUUAGAAUGGAUUUCUUAUUAAACCGGGCUGCACCAGGCACCAGCAGGGACCUGACUUUAGGACAAGCGUGCUUGGAACCUCAGAAAAGUCGGACCCUGAAGCGCCCCACGGCCCUCGAGCCCAUCCCUCUGGAGGCCGCCUCCUCCUCCUCCUCCACUCGAGAGGGGCAGUCGUGGCAGCAGGGGGCCGUGGCCACUUUACCUCAGCGAGAAGGGGCCGAGCUGGGACAGGCGGCGAAAAUGAGCAGCUCCCAGGAGUCCCUGCUCGACUCCCGGGGGCACUUGAAAGGGAACAAUCCUUACGCCAAGUCCUACACCCUGGUAUAACACACAGCGCGGCUGGACAGCAGUUGUAAAUACAAUUUAAACAAUUCAAUCAAAGCUACCUUUUUUUUACGGAAUUCCAAUAUUUAUAAUUAAAGAAAAUUGCCAAAAUAUAUUAAAAAAAGAGAAAAUACUGAAACCACAGACAGUGCAAAGACUCUCCUUCCUUUUUCCAUCCGAGUGCGAGCUCCCUCUGUCUGGGCAUCUGAUUUUUUGGGAAAGAAGUCCAGUUUUAUGAUCUUCACAGGCUAUUGCGUUUUUACUGAUUUUCUACAAAGUGCAUGGGGACUAAUUAAACCUUCUGACUGGAAGUUCUGUGACACAAGAGCCGAGAAAGAAAACGGGGGUGGGGGGGAAUCAGCCUAUUUGUGAAUUUAAGAGGAACGUUGAUUUGGGGCAGGGUUCGCACACCUUUCUUUCCCAUUAGAAACCGGGUCCUCCGUUUGAUCUUUUGUUGUCGAUUAGGGUGAGUGCCGUCAGUGAAGGGGUGGGGGAAUCAAUUUGGUUUUCUUUUUGUUUACUUUUUAAUUUGAUGAGACACUCUUUGCAUUUUGUCUAAGCGAAAUAAAAAAGAAAAAGUAGUCUGCCUUUA